AUGUCGCUUGAUCUCCUACCCACAGAGCUCAUUCUCAUGAUUGACAGCAAUCUGGAGACACUAAGAGACCGCAAUUCCUUGAUUUGCACAAGCCCACGUUUUGCCCUCAUUUUCGAAGACAAACUCUACCAGGACCGUACAGCACAUGAACACGCUUAUAUAAUCCUAUGGGCAGCCAAGCGAGGCCUCGAUGGCACAAUUCGCAAGUGCCUGAAGGCUGGCGCCAAGAUUGCACUACGAGAUAGAUUCAGGUCUCAUCUGAGCGAUACCAAUGACCCCGAGCGUUUGGGCGUCAUCCCACGGCACCCGAAAUCACACCCGUUGACUGCAGCAGCCGAAAUUGGCUCGAUUUCUUGUGUCAGGCUUUUCCUUAAAGCAGGCGUCAAUCCCAACUUGUUGGAUGAACACUACGAAACCCCGAUGAGACAGGCCGCAGGAAAUGGCCAUGUGAACGUUGUUAAGCUGCUACUUGCCAGCCGUCAUGGUUCCGAAUUCUACGGUGCUUUCAAGCUGCGACGACCUCUGAAGCUUGCUGCGGCUCGUGGUCAUUUACCCGUGCUCGAAGCUCUCUUCUCCUUCCUUGAACGUGCCGAUCGAGUUCUCACCGUUAAAGAUGCUGCACAGAUCAUCCUGUACGAGGGACUCUGGCACUGCAAAGAAAAUGUCGUCAGAUAUGCACUCGAAAAGGGCGCCGAUGUGAAUGACCACAAUGAAGAGUUCGUGUUGCGCUUUGCUCCGGAUUUACGCCCAGAGAGUGGAAUGACCAUUCGAGGGACCAACACCCCUGGCUGGUCAGCCCAUACACCAAAUACACUCCACGCUGCGCUCAUCGGCGGCGAUAUGGAUCUGGUUCAGUUGAUCCUUGACCAUGGUUUUGAUAUUUCUCAGAUUAGGCCCAUCCUGCAGUACGCAGUCUUUCAGAGAGAGAGCAGAUUCAUCACUAUGUUGAUGAAAAUGGGGGUUACCAUUACCUCCAAUAUGCUUCAUGAGUCUGUUUAUGGUGGAGAUCCGGUUCUGAGGGAGUUCAUGAAGAAACCCAUCCAGAAAAUCCUGGAAGAACUAGAAUUCGAGCCUUGA